CUGCUCUUGCUGCGACUUUCGCUGCCGGGAGGGAGGAUUUGGCCAAGGGCAGAGGCUAGCAGGAAAAAAUCCGUGUAUACCCUUCCUGGGUUCAGUCUGCCCUCAUUCUCAAAAUCGCUAGCUCUAACGUUUGAGCUUGGAAGUUGGAUGCAGCGGCGCGACUGCCAGAAGCCGAAUCUUGCGCGCUCACCAGUACCAUCGCCCCACAAUACUCUGCUGCUUCUUCUACACAUCGGCUGAUGGUCGCAGGACACGGCAUUGAACAAGCGAUUCAACAAAAUAGAACAGCGGAGGAGAACGGCGACGAGGCGAGAAGAUGCCGAUUCCGUACGCGACCAAAAUUGCGUCCUCGGGUCCGCCGGGACUGGGACCGGAGGGAACCUAUUCCUUCUCGGCGGCUCCUAGGGCGCAGGUCGCCCAGCCGCGCCGCAAGCCGAUGCAGCAGCAGCAGCAGCAGUAUCGUGAUGCGCAGGCUCUUGUAUCGAGCGGUGAAGUAACAGGCCAGUACGGCAAUCUCAUGUUUGAGCGGCGCAUCGUUCGCGGAAACACAUACGCACAGGCCAAACUCAUUUCGACCCAGCCUGACCCGGUGGAGAUACAACGACAGCAGGAGAUCCGACGGAGAGCGCUGGCUAGGAGGAAAAAGACAGAGCAGCAACGGCCACGCACACCGGAUGCCGUGGAGGGUCGAAAACAUGAAACAGUUCAGACCGACGCAUACCUGUACGAACUGGGCAAGGCGAUAGAGGAGCGGGACGUGGAAGUCCAGACGGACGACCGGAUCGAUCGGCCACCCACCCCGGUCUACGUGCCGGCAAAGACGGGCAUCGAUCAGGAGACGCAGAUUUACCCCGGCGAUCUGUUCGACUUUGAAAUAGAGUGCAAGCCACUCGUGUCCGUCCUUGUCGCCAAGUCCAUGGAGCAAGCGUUGAUCGAAGUAAUGGAGGAGGAAGAGCUCGUUUCACUCAAGGAAAGACAGCGUGAGUUUGAGGAGCUACGGCAAGCCGAGUUACUCGAGGCACAGCGAUUGGAGGAGAAGGAGAGACGGCAUCAGCAAGAGAAGGAGGACCGCCGGCAGCAAAUGCUCAAGGCCAACGAGCUGCAGAAGGAGACGGCGGCCAAGGUGGCUAUGCUUGCAUUCGCAACUGGCUAUGUUGGAGACCUGAUUCCAAGCGUAUUUGGGCAGCUGGACAAUGAGGGAUUCUUUGCUGAUCCGGCUCUAACAGAGGUGGAGGUGGUAUUCAUGCCUGAGCUAAUGGACCACGUACAAUCAAUCAUGGAGGAGAGGUUUGCCGUGGAAGACGUCCUGGAUGAAAUGAUUGCGUCAAUGGUGGACGACAUAUACGGCAACGACUACCCAGAGCUUCUGGAGGAAAUGGAGCAGCCAGCCAUCACCAUUGCAGUGGAGGAUCAAGACACGUUCAUGGCAGAAACACAGCCAGCUGACAGCAACGCCGGUGAAGAAGAAGCUUCCAGGCACGAGUCACCAGCGCACGAAGAAGUCCCGGAAGACGGCGCGAGGAUUUUCGGCGACCAGGAAGUGGCGCAGCUGAACCCUGAAGAGGAGGUGCGCAUAGAUGGAGAUGCAGCAGAAGAGGCAGAGGCGGACGGCGCUGGGAACGAAGACAAUGACAACAUUGCGGAAGAUGACGAAGAAGACGACGACGCUCCUGCUGACGAUGCGGGCGUCUUCCAAGCAUAGUCUGCGGCCUGUUCUGCGAUGUUAUCAUCGAUCUUCUAGUGACAUCAUGGUCAUGUUGAUUGCAUCAUGGCCAUGCUGAUGACAUCAUGCUUCUACGAGUGACAUCAUGGUACUUCUAGUGACAUCAUUGCCAUGCUGAUGACAUCAUGUUUCUUGAAAAGCAUGAUGACAGUGACGAAUUCAUCCAGCUGUGUACAUGGUUCACAGGUGGCUCGAAUCAGCAUGGCUUGUUUUCCAACAAAAACGCAGUUAUGUAACUAAAUAUACUCAUUAGUGUGACAUCAUCGUGAUAUCAUUGUGAUUAUCAAAAUGAUAAUCACGAUGAUGUGAUAUUAUUGUGACAUCAUAUUGUGACAUCAUGUGACAUCGUUUUUUCUUGAUCAUUACGUUAUCAUGCUUACAAGAGACAUUAAUAAUAAUAAUAACUAUAUCAUAUUAUUAUGUGUGAUGAGCUGUGUUUGAGUGUGUUGCAUCAUAUAGUUUGCCAUGUAGAUCUACAUUGCACACUGGUUCAUGGAGUGAUGGAGCAUGCAGUGCUGUUUACAACAGUGAUUUUGGACGCCAUCGAAUCAGGACAAGGGAUCAGCUAACGCGACGCUGACUUGAAGGACUCUGCCGUGAAGUGGCCAGCUCACAUAGCGAGCAAGCAUGUGAUCGCAAUGUCGUGCCUGCUGUGUGCGGAGAUGGAGGUCACACGGCCGGCCGGGCUUUCGGUGCCGGCGAGUCUUGGAAGUCGGAACUCCUAGCUCGGAUACCUGUGACUGAUCGAAGUGCAAUGCUAGUGUGCCCGUUACACGACUGUACAUGAUUCAACCAAAGGCCAUAAUAGUUAUAACAACUUCAUAUACAAAAAAUUCAUUAUAGUAUCCUGCCCGUGACACACAUGUAUGUGCGUCCUCAAUGAGGAUAGUUUGUACAUAAUAAUUAUGACAUAAACGUAUCACUGUUCUAGACUUUUUUUCUUUUCUUUUUUUACCCUUUUCAGUUCCUCAGACUGAUGAACGUUCUGGAAUUUGUUUUUGCAUACGCCGGUCUGGCCAAAUUGAAAGUCCUACCUCAGUAAUAAUUAA